AGAGAUGGAUUCGUCUUCUAUAUAAGUGAGAUCGAAGACGGAGAUUAGAACAAACAGAGCAUAUAUUCCCUCUUCACUAGCUCGUGGUAAUAAGGGAAGCUUGAUCAUCUUUCCUUAUGGCGGUGAUGAAGAGCAGCACAAUCGUCGCGCUUCUAUUGGCUGUUGCCAUUCUGUCCUCACUGUCUCCAUGCUACGAAGCCGGCGGCUGCAUCGGGAAACCCAAGAAGUCACCGCCGCCGCCGAGAAGGCCAUACUUCUCGUCCUAUUCCGAGGACCACCAGAACUGCCGCUUGAUCUGUAGCUCCAAGGGUUUCAAGGACGGUGGCUGGUGUGACGAAAGCGUGGAGCACAAAGUGUGCUGCUGCUCCCAUUAGAAAUAUAAUAGCGUAUGUUAUGUUGAUGCAUAUAUAUAUGCAUCGUCCAUCUACCUGUGUGGUGCAAAAUUCUGAAUAAAAUCUGGCUUUUUU